AUGUCCUUCAGCAAGGCGUUUACCCCCGCCUUGCGGGAAAUACGAAUCUUAUGUUGCCAGACGGGACCUGCGUCUGCGGGAACGAGGCAGUUUAUCACCUCCAAAUACCCUUUAAUAAAGCAACACAAUCCAGAUCUUCCCGUGUUGAUUCGAGAGGCUAACGGCACUCCUGCUAGGGUGUUCGCGAGGUUUGAACGGGGCCGGGAAGUGCAUGUCGACCUUGAUAAUCUUUCGGCGACAGAUGUAGAAUCCAAAGUUGCUCAGCUCUUGAGCUCAUAA